CCAGUCCUUGGCUGGUUACUUCCUGUAUCGCGGCUGUUUUCCUGCGGGAGAAAAUAACGGGAUCUGCGUCGCAGGAGGUGGCAAACACCGGGGAAUACGACCACCGGCCUGUCCGUACACCGUGUUCACCUGCUAUCUAACCUGCGGAGAGAUGAGCACCGGAAGGGCGGGUAGCUAGUUGACCGUUAAACCGACUACACCGCCCUCCCUCUGGAUUCAGAAACGAAACAAACGCUGCGUUUUAUCUGCUACAAGAGACACAACCGCUGCCAAACAGCCCGCCGUCGAUAUGUCAAAAUACACAAGCUUCCCAGAGCCGAUGGACGACCACAACCCUUUCCAAGACCCUGCAGUGACUCAACACAGCAGCAACACAGGAUAUGCCACACUGGACCUGUACAACCCUUUUGAUAAUAAUAGCGCUGGGCCUCCACCUCCAUAUGAAGCCACCUCUCCCUCUGCUCCAUCUGUGCCUGCACAGACCCCACCCAGCAGGACGACACCCACUGAGCCUCGCAACUAUGGCUCCUACAACUCUCAGACUGCGGUGAACGCCACCACAGCAGAGCUUCUAAAGAAGCAGGAGGAGCUGGAGAAGAAAGCGCGGGAGCUGGAGAGAAGAGAGAGGGAGCUGGAGUCACACAGCCUGGGACCUGGAGCCUCCCGUCAGAAUAAUUGGCCCCCGCUGCCUUCAUUCUGCCCUGUGGGUCCCUGCUUCUACCAGGACAUCAAUGUGGAGAUCAGUCAGCGCUUCCAGAGAACUGUCACCAUCAUGUACUACUUCUGGAUGUUCUGCACUUGCACGCUGCUCUUCAACCUGGUCUCCUCCCUGGCCAUGUUCUGCGUGGACUCCUCGAAUGGUGUUGGCCUGGGCCUCGCCAUCCUCUGGGGCCUCCUCUUCACCCCCUGCUCCUUCGUCUGUUGGUACCGACCUGUGUACAAAGCCUUCAGGAGUGACAGCUCCUUCAAUUUCUUUGUCUUCUUCUUCGUUUUCUUUGCCCAAGUUGUCGUCUCUGUCAUCAUGACUAUCGGUAUCCCUGGAUGGGGUUUCAGCGGGUGGAUCGUGAGCCUGGCUGCUCUGAAGACCAGUGUCGCCGUUGGAGCGAUCAUGAUGAUGAAUGCUGUCCUCUUUACUGCCCAAGCCGCCAUGGGGGUUGUCAUGCUGAAGAAGGUCCACAGUCUGUACAGGCAGACCGAUGCCAGCUUUCAGAAGGCCCAGGCCGAGUUCGCCACUGGAGUCAUGUCCAAUCAGGCUGUACGCCAGGCCGCUGCCAAUGCUGCCACCAGCGCCGCCACCAACGCUGCCCAGGGGGCCUUCACUGCGCCUCGGUAGAGAGGGACGAGAGGGGUUGGGAGGGUAAGAAGUGAAGGAGGAGGAGGGCCCUUUCAGCUUGAUAGAGGAUCUGUUAGGUAUUUAUUUCCCCACAGGUGAUUAGAAUUUUAUUGGUGGGGGGAAACUGAGUCUGUAUAAUUACCCCUGAGCGACUGAACUACAGGGCACUUGCAUGAGACAGAGGUGGGGUUGUCUAGUUUCUAAAGGUGUACAGGACAAGUUAGCUACAUUGCCAAACCAGGAGUCAACUAAUCAUGCCUGUUGACUCAAGAAACAGAAAGAACGUAUGAAAUGUGAAAACGAUAAGCAGUUGAAGCUGUAUGAAGAAGUUGAAGCUGUAUGAAAUUUAGCCCAGUCGUACCAAGUGUCGGUGAAUGCAGGGACAAUGCUUUUUGUUUGGGUAUUAGAAAGACAAACUGUGUGCCAAGUAGGACAGUUCUAGCCUGGAUGAAUUUUAAAUGACUUGGAUGUACAUUAUGUUUACAAGGAGCCAUGUUUGAGAAUAAUGAGUCACAGCUGAACUCUGAAAUGUCGCCAUUCUAACAUUUGAUCCAUAACUGAGUGGCUCAACUUUGGCAAGCGCUUGUUUUUUGUUGCUUAUGUGUAAACUAACGUGUUGUUUUGUUAUUACUCCAAAUGAGAAUGCCUGUUGACCUUAUUGCCAAAACUUCUCAUACUGUAAAGAUUAUGAUCAUGUUGUUUCAGUUACACUAUAUCUGUCACUGUUCUGUUGGUGCUGCUUGUGGUUCUUAUGAUUAUUACAGGUCACUGUCUUGGUUUUAAUAAAAUAUAAUGUCAUGCUUA